UAUCAAGUGAGAUUGUAGUCCAAAGUUUACGUUGAAGAGACUGUAGACAUUAAUAUAGAGAUAAUAUUACUCCAGGCAAAAUAAAUAAGCAAUAUGCAACGAACUACUUAAAGAGAAAUAUAAACAAAUAAAUAAUGAAUUCAUUGUACACUUAAGAUACUUGAGUUAGAUGAGUGGAAAAUUAACUUUAAAUUGUAUACAAACUUGAGUUUGGGAGAUAGAGAUUGGGAAAGCAACUUUAUAACAUUUCUAUGAGGGCAGCGAGGGUUCAAAAAGUGGCCUUGAUACAAUUUUUCUUGCAUACUGACUACAACAAAGUACAUGCAAAAACUUGACAUAGAAUUUUGAUGUGCAUAAGUUCGGAGGCAGUUUAAAAAGUGGAAAAAGCUACACUAGAGUUAGCACAAUGUUGAAAACAAUUUUAGCAACACUUGCAUGUGUAGUUGGAGUUUAUGUGUAUUUUGUUGUUGAAAGAAAGAACAGUAUCAGGAGAUACCUAGAGAAGGAGUAUGAUUAUGUAAUAGUUGGGGCUGGUUCAGCAGGAGCAGUGAUUGCUGCUAGACUGACAGAAGACCCAAGCAUAUCUGUGUUGCUGUUAGAGGCUGGAGAUGAGGAGACUGCAUCACUAUGGACUGGGAUCCCAUUAGCAGCACCAUUUAUGCAACAGGCAAACCUCGACUGGAACUACACCACUGUACCACAGGAGCACUGUUGUACAGCUUUUAAAAAUAGGGUGAGUAAAUGGCCUAGAGGGAAGGCCCUAGGAGGUACCAGCAUAACUAACUACAUGGUGUAUGUACGGGGUAACCGCCAAGAUUAUGAUGACUGGGCUGAUAUGGGCAAUACAGGGUGGUCAUACAGAGAUAUUCUACCUUACUAUAAGAGAGCUGAAAAUAUGCUAGAUCCAACAUUAGCAAAAUCUGACUACCAUGGAACAGGUGGGCCACUACAUGUAUCAACUGUUCCGAUUAUGCCUGCAACAGAAGUUCUCUUGAAGGCUGCAGAAGAAACAGGUCAGCCUAUACUGGAUUACAAUGGUGAAAGUCAGUUUGGAUUCUCUCAGUCACAAGCAACCAUUACCAAAAAUGGUGUGCGAGCUAGCACGGUUCAAGCAUAUUUACGCCCAAAUAUGGAUAGAGAAAAUCUCCACAUCGCCAUUAAAUCUCACGCAACAAAGAUCAUAUUUGAGGACAAAACAGCAGUUGGUGUAGAAUUUAUCAGAGACCAAAACAAGCAUACAGUUAGGGCCAGAAAGGAAGUGAUAAUUUCCGCAGGGGCUGUUGGCUCUCCUCAACUCCUCAUGCUCUCCGGGAUAGGACCAAAGAAACACUUGGAGGAUCUACAUAUACCAGUUUUGUCUGAUCUACCAGUUGGUGAAAAUCUUCAAGAUCACCCAGCAACAGAUGGAAUUCAGUUUAUCACAAAUAAAACAAGAUGUCUAUCAGAGAAGGAGUCUCUUGGCAUCCUUCCUUUGCUACAAUAUUUCCUGAUGGGAACAGGUGAUAUGACAAUGCCAGGGGCAUUAAAUGUGAUGGGAUUCAUGAAGUCUCCCCACCAACCAGUGACAGAAAAGCAGCCUAUCGUGCAGAUUCAUGCUCUUAGUGUCCUCUUAGGAAGUGAUGCAGGAGAAGAUUAUGUCAAGAAUAACUUAGGCUACAGUGAUGAGCUGUGGAACGUGAACUAUGGCGACAAAGAGCAUGAUGGGAAAUGGGGUGUAUCGAUACUUCCCACAUUACUGAAGAUGGGUACAACGGGAGUAAUAAAACUGAAAAGUAGCGAUCCAUUCGACUUUCCACUUAUAGAUCCUAAGUAUUACAAGAAUCCCCUUGAUGUUAAACAUCUUGUUUCAGGCAUAAAGUAUGCUACUGAGAAACUCGGAAGAACAAAGGCAUUUAAAGAUGGUGGUUUUGAAUUAUUUCACCCCCAUCAUCCACACUGUAAAAAGCAUAAGAUUUUCUCAGAUGCUUACUGGGAGUGUUUUGUGAGAACUGCCGCUGUCACCAUAUAUCAUCCAACUAGCACUUGUCGUAUGGGACCAGUGGGUGACAACAACUCAGUGGUAGAUCCUCAAUUAAGAGUUAAAGGGGUGAAAAACUUGAGAGUUGCUGAUGCAUCCAUCAUGCCACAAAUAGUUGCAGGAAAUACAAAUGCGCCAUCCAUAAUGAUAGGAGAAAAGGCCUCAGAUCUCAUUCGAGGGAAAACAUUGCCUAAAGCAAAUAUAAAAUAACAAUCAAAAUAUGCCUCAACAAAAAACAGUACCAUGAGAAAUGAGUGUUCCAGAAAUAAUUGACAGAUUAAAGCAUGUUUAGUGCAUACAUAUAGGUACUAGACUAUUAGGGGAGGCAUCAAAAGUUUGAU